AUGGCUCGCUUGCAAAAGCUAAAAUCAGUGGCAGCGACUGGAAAAACUCGUUUGGCAGUGCAAGAAAAUGCACCAGCUGAAAUCUCGACAACCUGUUUGACUCGGACCCAUUGGACCAAAGAUCACACCUCAAGCCUGAUCAAGUUUCCGGCUUCACGUAGAUCAGAGGCUGGUGAUGGAAUGAACUUCAAGAUCGGAGUCUUUCAAGCUGCGGCUGCUCAUUUCCUUGAGCCCCCCAAAGGAGUUCUGAAGGAAGGAUGGGUGCCACCUGUUGCAAGAGAUUCUCGUGCUUGCAAGAACAAGUGGGCUGCAAUACAAAAAAAGCACAAGAUCAUUCUUGAUAUCAAGGCUCAGUCUGGCUUUUCUUGGGACAACGAGCUUGGUGCUGGCAUUGACAGUACAUCAGAGGCAGUAUGGGCUGCAUAUGUCAAGAAGCGCCCUGAUGCUGCACCAUUUCGCAACAGGGGAUGGCCACACUUUGACAAAAUCAAUGAUCUUUUGUCCACCACUGCUUCGAAAGGAACUCACGCAUUUCACGCAGCACUGGAGGAGUCCCACGAGCAGUCACCUGAUCUUGAUUUUCUGAAUGAAGAGGGUCUUCUGCAGCCUGAGCCUGAGCAUGCUGAGAAUUUGUCUCAAGAUGUUCAGGACACUCUAGAUGAGAGUGGGGACGAUGAAGACUUGAUCCCUUGGGAAAAAACUCCACCCCGUCAAAGUCACACUCCGGCUCCCCUUCCGAAGCAAAAAUUUGACAGCAUCUCCGCUUCUACUUCCAGCAGUUCGACUUUGGGUCCAGCAUCAAAGAGGCAUCGUGCGAGUGGUGCCGCAGCACUGUUUGCUAUUGCUGACCAGUUUUUGGACUUCACUGAUGCAUUUCGCUCAAGUUCUCAAGCCCAGCCAUCUUCUCUCGCUCCAUCACCAAUUCAAAGGCAACGUGCCAUGCAGCAUGCCCAGAAUGUUGAGACCCAUCUCACUGGUGAUGAAAUGGCUGCUCUCAUUGAAGCCUUCCAGACUGAUGUCAGUGCUGCAGAUGCAUAUAUGGUAAUGCGAGAUGACAAUGCUCGUCACUCGUUCAUCAACCGAAAAAUCAUGCAGAUCAAUAGUCGAUAA